AAAGAGCCACUAGGCAACUUUUUAUUCUUCAAAGAGAAAACCAAAGAAGAGACCCAGAAAAAAAUGGCUGAAUCUCCAGGAAACAUGCCUCAGCGUCUGUUGACAUUCCGAGAUGUGGUUGUGGACUUCUCCCAGGAGGAGUGGAAACGCCUGGACUCUGCUCAGAGGGCUUUGUACAUUGAUGUGAUGGUGGAGAACUAUAGGAACCUGGUGUCUGUGGAGAAGUAUUCUAGACGUCGUACUGUCCGUCAACAGGUGAGGACUGAAAAGGAGUCCUGUCAGUCUAAUGAGCUUGGUGAACUGCUUCAUGAGCCCUCCAACUCUGCACUUUAUAAAAGACGUGACACUACAGAAACCUCUAAUAACCACAGGAGCUGUGAGGACAGGGAUGCCUCUGUUGACUUAUCAAACCUAGAUAGACGUAACAGCACGCACACUGGAGAAGAACCUUGCGAAUCUAGAGACUGUGAGAAAUCUUCCAGUUUGUGUUCCAGCAUUGCUCAAGAUCAGAGAACAAACAGUGCAAACAAAGAACAGAGACAGGAGAAACAUGAUGGCCGUUUCAGGUCUACACACAGUCUCAUACGACAAAUAAUCUACAUUAAAGAGAAACGACACCAGUGUGGCCAAUGCAGGAAAUGCUUCAGUACCUCCGCAAAUCUCACUAUACACCAGAGAAUUCACACUGGAGAGAAACCCUACAAGUGCAACUUUUGUGACAAAGCCUUUGCCCAGUGUACAACUCUUAAAACACACCAACGCCUUCAUACUGGGGAGAAACCUUACAAAUGCAAAGAAUGUGGAAAGUCAUUUCCUCAGUUGUCAGCACUUAAAAGCCAUCAGAAAUUACAUACUGGAGAGAAGCCUUACAAAUGUAAGGAGUGUAACAGAUCCUUUGCCCACUGUUCCAGUUUCAGGAGACAUCAGAAAACCCAUAGAGCUAAGAAACAUACUGGUCCAGAUUGUGGUAAAGACUUACAUCAGCCUUCACACUCUAAAAGCCAUCAAAGACUCCAUACUGGAGAGAAAUCUUACAAAUGCAGUGAGUGUGACAGAUCCUUUACCCGCUAUGAAUUAUUUAGAAUUCAUCAGAAAACUCAUUCUUCAGAAAUAGAUUAUGAAUGCGAAGAAUGUGGUAAGUCCUUUAUUGAAUUAUCAGAACUUAGAAAGCAUUACAAAAUCCAUUCUGGUGCAGAAGUUUACAAAUGUAGAGAAUGUGAAAAAUCCUUUACCCAGUACUCAGAUCUUCAAAGACAUCAGACGAUUCAUACUGGAGAGAGACCUUACAAAUGUAAGGAAUGUGACAAAUCCUUUCUUCAUAAGUCACUUCUUAGAAGACAUCAGACUGUUCAUACUGGAGAGAAACCUUAUAAAUGUAAGGAAUGUGACAAAUCUUUUACUAGAAACUCAAUUCUUAGACAACAUCAGAAAGUUCAUACUAAAGAGCAGCCUUACAAAUGUGUAGAAUGUGGCAAGUCCUUUACCCAGCUCACGUAUCUAAGAACACAUGAGAGAGUUCAUACUAAUGAGAAACCUUACAAUUGUACCGUAUGUGACAAAUCCUUUACUACAGGUGCAACUCUUAGAAUACAUCAGAGAGUUCAUACUGGAGAAAGACCAUACAGAUGUACGGAAUGUGGCAAAUCUUUUCGUGAAGGCACAACUCUCAGAGCACAUAAGAAAAUUCAUACUGGAGAGAAACCUUACAAAUGUAAGGAAUGUGGCAAAUCUUUUCUCAGGUACUCACAUCUUCAAAGACAUCAGAGAGUUCAUACAGGAGAGAAACCUUACAAAUGUAAGGAAUGUGACAAAUCUUUUACUGAGAGCGUUCUUCUUAGAAAGCAUCAAAAAAUUCAUACUGGAGAGAAACCUUACAAAUGCAAAGACUGUGACAGAUCCUUUAUGUGUAUUUCGAAUCUUAUAAGACAUCAGAAAACUCAUACAGAAGAAAAACAUACUGUUGUAAGUAACGUGACAUAAUGUUUAUUUGGUGUUCCCUGCUUACAAAUCACAAACUUGUUCACAAAUAUAACAAGCUUGUGAAAUCCUUUAAUAAAGACUGAAAUGUUUUAAAAAUGUAACAAAGGUUAUAUUAAAAUAAAAUUCUGUAAAUGUAA